AACGCGAGGUUAAGUUGUUAAAGUUUGGUCAUUCAAUUCACUGUGUGAGUUGUGUUUGGUUUGGUUUUGUUGAUUUGGAAUUUUGUUGAUAAUUUAUCGAAUAAUAAACAAAUAAUUUUCGAAAAGAAAAAUGUCAAAAUUAGCCGCUAAAAUUCCCGUUCUUAUGGCUGCCGCAAAGCCAAAACUUCGUGAAUUUAAUCGUUUUGCUAAAACAGAAUUAUAUCCACCAACACCAGCUGAUAUACCUGCAAUUGUAAAAGGAUUUUCUAAUCUUGUAAGCGGUACAAUGUCGAUGCGUUGGACACGAUUACCAGUCAAAGAAGCAUGGCUUAAUACAUUGAUCGGUAUUGAAGUUAUGUGUUGGUUUUUUGUUGGCGAAGUUAUUGGAAAACGAAACCUAAUUGGUUAUAAUGUCUAAAAUAAAUAAAUAAACAAACAAAUUAUCAUUAUAGUUGUAAAAUCAAUAGCCAAUUAUGUUAUUUCAGAAUUUUAACAACAUUUCAAAAAAUAAAAGAAAUAAAGAAUUCUUAUUAAUGCAA